AUGACCACGUUCAAUGAUUCCGAUGUUUCAUCAGAAACCUAUCCUAGCUCGAAUCAGGUACGGGAUGAGGUUGAUAUGGUUGCUGUUAUUUGUAAUAAGUACAUUGGACCAAUUCUUUGUGUCGCUGGUGUUUUCGGAAAUAUACUCAAUUUGAUAAUUUUAAUCCGAGGACGAUUGAAUAAUCCUCCAUACUUCUACCUUAAAGCGCUUGCAGUCACAGAUAUGUGUGCAUUGGUGCUAUCAUUCCUCCAUCUGAUGGUCUCGAGCAGAUCAACAUUAUAUGCAUGGAAGUUCUUUGACGCUUACUUGUUUUUUCCACUUGUAAAUUUUUUCACUGCUUCAAGUGUCUGGCUGACAGUUGGGGUAACAAUUGACCGAUUUUUAUAUGUUAAAGCGCCAUUGUGGGCUCGAGCUCAAUUUUCGUUGAGUAGAGCCAAAGUAAGAAUAGCAAUUAUUCUAGUUGCAACAAUUUUUAUCACAGUUCCAAGAUUCCUGUGUUUCAGUCUUGUAGGAGCUACCGACCAAUACCAUCUUUAUCCAACAUCGUUCAGAGCUUCACACAAUUAUCGCGUUUAUGACAUAGUUUGCAUUGCACUAUUUCACGUCGCGCCAUUGGUCAUAUUUGUAUUCUGCAAUUCGUAUUUGAUAUAUGCUGUGCAUAAAGCGAGGUCUAUUCGGAAGGAAUAUGAUAUCAGAAACAAUAAAGAAAAAGAUUGGCAACUGGACCAAAGGAGAUUUACAAUAACACUUAUUUCUAUUGUGCUAUUGUCUAUAAUUGCCAUCUUACCGUCAACGAUCGGAGAUUUUACUCGGCUGUUACAUAUUCCGUUCUCGCACUAUCAUAAAUUACGACACAUAAGUAACAUGUUGCUUCUCCUUAACCUUUCUGUCAACUUUCUGUUGUAUUGCGCAUUUAACAAACGAUUUGUGCGCGUAAUGAAAUCGAUGUUCGGAGGUGGUUUAAUCAAGGUGAAACUGUCGAUACGUAGGACGAAAUCCAGCAGGUAUUCCCGGACUGAAACUAACAUGUACAUGUAACAGACAUUAUUGUACAUAUAUAUUGUUUUGUUAGCAGUGAUAAGAUUUCUAACUCUGAUCCGAAGAGGAAUCACUGUAAAUAAAUAUUUGUAUAUAACAUGUAUAUAAUAUUUUGAUGACAUGUAAAUAGAAAAAACACUAAGCAAACACGACAGUAAUAUUAAGUUGGUUAUUUACUGUUGCUUUACAACGAGAAGUUAGGAAAUGUUAUUGGUUGAAAUAUUAGGUAUUAAUUAACACAGAUAAUUGUGUGAAU